AUGUCCAACGAGGUCGCCGCCAGAGUUAGGGCGGCCGUCGCGGGCGAUUUCCAGCCCGAGCAGGUCAACGGCUUUCCCAUGAGGCCCGACGUGGGGUCGAUUGACCUGGAUUCAAUCAAUGCUCGGUCCUCGAGGCCUCCGGUGAAGGAGGACGACGUCGACCGAGAUAAGAGGCAUGAGUCCGCGGAAAAACAAAAGUCCAUGAAGGAUUUGGAAAAGAAGAAAGAGAAGAAGAAGAACCUCGAGCAGCAAGCGCUCGAGAAACGUCGCGCGAAGUCGAGGCAGAGGGGAGAAUCUGAGGAAGAAUCCCCCGAUGAGGACGACGGUGGCGAUGGCGAUGAUGGUAGCGAUGACUCUGAGGGGAUGGCGGCUCGCCUUGACAAAAUCCUGGAGGGUCCGCCGCAAGCCGACGUCAACGUCGCGCAGACGGGAGCUCCCAAGAAGGCGUCGGGCGUACCCCAUGACGGCCAACGGAGGGAAUCUUCUCCGAGCCGCUCUCGCGUCGCCACCCCCCCCCCCCCCGCGACCGCACCAGGUUACGACUUUUCUUAUGCUCAUUCCCCUUUCCUCAGGUUGAAGCGGCCGUUGGAACAAGCCCAGCCCUCGAUGGCCAAGAAGCUCAAGGCUCGUGCGAUCCUCGACCAUCGGCCGGCGUCGAGGGCACCUCACCCCGUCCAUCAGGGGGAGAUACCGCCCCACCGUCGCCGAGGCGGGUCGAGGCGUCUCACGCUCAGGAGCAGGAGGGAGCCCCCGAGCCCCCCCCAGUCCGGGGGCGUGGGGGAUCCCAUUAUCGUUAGCGACGGGUCUAGCGGCGACCAACUCCCGAAGGAGGUCCAUAUUGCGGGCGAGGAGGUCAAGGCUCCCCCUGUCGUGGAGCGGGCGCCUUGGCCGUCCAGGCUCUGCUCCGUCGAGGAGAGGAGGAAGAAAGAAGAGGAAGAGCACGAGCGGGGGUCGCAGCAACAGCCGCAGGAGGGGCAGCAACAACCACAGCGGGAAGGAGAAAAAGGAGAAGAGGGGUGGCGGCAACAGGGAGAACGGCUCGAGGAGCUGCUAGAACAACACCGGCAGCAAGAGCUGCCGGAACUCCAGAGGCAGCGGCAACAAGAGAGUCAUCCGUUAGAAGAGCUGCUCGAACCGCCGACGCGAAGCCCGCCCCAGCCAGUGCCGCCGUCGCCACAGAGGCCUGAGACCGGAGAGGAGGGUCUGCCGGUCUAUGGUGCGCCGACCACCGUGUGGCUCUGUCUAGGGGGGCCAGCUUCUAUCCCGGCUGAGCCAGGGCAGGCGUACGGCGUUGUGGCUAUUGCGUGCGCAAUGCGCACGCCCGCGGAUCCUCAAUCGGAGAUCAAGGGCUCCCACUAUGGCAUGGAUGGGCUCUCUCCGUUGUUCCUCUGA